GUCAUCUGCGUUGUUGCCUUUGGAACCUUCCACGCGGUCAGGUUAUUUCAACAUCGUCGCAACCUCCCUUUCACUAUCGCUUGUCACGCUCUGCUGUUCCGGAUCCCACUACCUAUUCUGCGAAGCUUACCUCGAGAUCUCCCCUCUUAAUACAAAUUCCCUGUCGUUUCCCUUUCUGCAAAAUACUUUACUCCAUCUCUAGCAGCUCCCUCGCGAUCAUGUAUGGAGACAUCUACAGUCGCGCCACUGGUCGCUCUCGGGGCGCGCAACGCUUCGAUGAGUACUACCGCUGCUACCCCCUUGUCAUGGCGCCCGGUGCCGAACGACCUGAACUCAACUACGGCUCCAAGAUUCUGCUCCCGCCCUCCGCUCUCGACAAGGUUUCGCGACUACACGUCCAAUGGCCCAUCAUGCUAGAGCUUAUCAACGGCUCGCAGGGCACCCACACACACGCCGGUGUUCUGGAGUUCGUGGCUGAGGAGGGCAGGGCCUACAUCCCGCAGUGGAUGAUGCAGACCCUCAAGCUCGACGUGGGCGACAUGAUUCAGAUCAAGACGACAUCUCUCGAGCUUGCCAGGCUUGUCAAGCUCCAACCGCAAUCGGUCAACUUCCUCGACAUCAGCGACCCUCGUGCCGUCCUCGAAAAGGCCUUCCGGAACUUUGCGGCGCUGACCAAGGGCGACGUUUUCAACUUUGAGUACAACGAUGAGAUCUACGAAAUGGCGGUACUGGACGUCAAGCCGGAGACGGCCAAGAUGGGUGUCUGCAUGAUCGAGACAGACGUCAGCGUCGAUUUUGCGCCGCCAGUUGGCUACGUCGAGCCUUCGCGACAGACACAAGGCAGUGGUACCAGCACACCACGCAACGGAAGGGCUGUUGGCGGAGGACUUCCGGCGGGUGGUCUUUUGCACAACCAGGGAACCAUGGCGCAGGCUAUCAACUACGAUGCCAUCGCACCAGGAGCCACCACCACGUCGGUGGGCAACUUUCAAGGUGAGGGUCUGCGGUUGGCGGCGAAGAAGGGUAGCAAGACGGGAACACCGAAGCCGGCGACGCCGGUGGCGGGUACGUCGACCAACGUUAAGGACGUGGUGCUGCCCAGGAGGAAAAACAACAACGGCCCGUUGCCGUUGCGUCUGCCGCCCAACAAGCUCUUCUUGGGCUACGAGAUCAAGCCUGUCAAAACUGCCGCAGAUAAGGAGAGGGAGGCGGCGGCGGCGAAGCAGCCGCACUUUGCGGGCCAGGGACAGACGCUCCGGGGAGGAGUCCCGAAGAAGAAGAGCAGCGAUGGUGACGACAAGGCGGCGCAAGGCGAGAAGAAGCCGACAGAGAGCAAGGGAAGGCGACUUGACGGCAGGAAUGUCUAGGGACAAACUUUCGUUCAACAAGCUUGUUACUAGAUGGUUUGAUGCAUUGUCGGGCGUUAAUGGGAAACAGGGUCAUGGGAAAGGGAGGUUCACAGUCAAGGGAUCACGGAACGUUUGUAGCGUCAUUACGAAUACACAUGGACAGGCCACGAUGCGUUUCAAGAUAGAAAAGGGCUGUAUAUGGGAUGUUGAGUGCUGAACCGCACGAUGUUUACAUAGGCCCAUGCAGCUGACUAGAAUUAGUGAAAAAGGAAAUGAUACCUCGAUGUCCUCCUAUAGCUGG